GGUAUUUGCAGAGCGACGCGGCGCUGUAGUCGCCGACUUGAGAAGUCGGUGGUAUUGUCAUUGUUUUCUUUAGUUUUUUUUCCCCCCUUUGUUUAUCUUCAAUUAAAGUUCUAUUCUGUUAUCUUUAAAUAAAUUCAGUGAUAUUUCUCAAUUAUAAUGGAAAUUCUAUGAAGAUUGAAAUUUUUUUUAGUGCAAUUAAAUCGAGUAACAUCCUGUGCAUUAUUCCAAAAUGGCCGCAUCCUUUUUGGUUGGUCCUUAUGUUAUGUGCAAAAGUAUUCGAGAAAAUAAAAUAAUUUACCUUAUUAUUAGUGAUAUUUAAAGAAACGUACCUUAAUGUAUCUAUAAUAAGUGUGUUUUUUUUUAUCGUGUGAACGCGUUUAAUAAAACAUAACCAUGUCGGUAAAUAUGCAGCAUAAUAGACGAAAGAAAAAGCGAGUUAAUUAUGGUGUAAGGGCGGUGGAAUUAUCUCGUGGUGCAAAGGGUUUUGGAUUUACAAUAUCGGGUCAACAACCAUCAAUUCUUAGUUGUAUUGUACAAGGUAGUCCUGCUGAAAUUGCAGGACUACGAGCUGGUGAUUAUCUAGUCGCUGUGAAUGGACAUAAUGUGAGUAAAGCACCACACGACGAUGUUGUCAAAUUAAUUGGCAAUUCUAAAGGUAUUCUGAGACUUGAAAUUGCUGAGAAUUAUUAUUCAGACUCAUCGGAUGAAGAAGGUUUAGCGACAGUGAGAUCGAAAAAAUAUUCACACAAAAUUCGUUCCAAUAAUGUUGGUACAAUUCAACCAUUGUAUAGAAUUGCAAAUGUUGUUCGUGAUUUGCAAACUGGAGCAAUGUUCAGUGGACGAAGUGUACAUCCAAAUAAAAUUCAAUGUUCAAUUCCACCACCGCCCGUUUCACAUAAAAGAGAUUCAGAAAAAAUUGUUCAUCGUACAGUUGUUGGAUAUUUGGGAACAAUUGAUAUUCCUGAUCAAUUACAUCCAUCCUCAAUGAUGGAAGUUUUGAAAAAAUGUAUAAAAAGACUAAAGGCUGAGAAAAGGACACCAACGACAGUACUUUUAACAAUUCACGUUGCAAAUAUAAAAUUAACAAAUUCUGAGAAUCGUGUUGUCGCCGAAUAUCCAUCAUAUCGAAUAAUAUUUUGCAAUUCAUUCUCAGAACAGGAUAAACAGUAUUUUGGAAUUUUAACAAAAUCCGUAAAGGAUACAGAUGAUAUUGUUUCAAAUUCUUGUCAUGUUUUUACAAUUUACUAUAAACUCACUGAUCAUGAUGUACAUUCAAGUACAUGUAAUGUUUUUGGUUUCACAUGUACAAAAACAUCGGAAUUAAAUGUUUGUCAAGAAUUUCCCGACAGUUGUGUGAGUUUAAUUGGUGCAAUUCAAACAUUAUAUAUUUCUGACACUGUUGAUCCUGAUGCAAAUCCUUAUGAGAGUCGUCGUCAUCAGGAGACAGCAUCACCACAGCCAAGUAAUAUUAGUACAUCGACUGCACAUUCAAGUAAUAGCGAUUCUGGAAUUGGAUUUAAAGAUGAUUAUGGAAGUCAUUCGGAUAGAAAUAUUGUUGCCGAUUUUCCACAGAGGCAUUGCGGACCAUCGAUUUCACAGAGGUCGGGAGUUGUGCCACUUUCGGUAAUGAAUAAUGAUACACUAUCAGGAUCAAGAUUAGGAGUACGAGCAACAACCGAUCAAAGAUGGAAUGACCUGUCUCGUGUAAAUCGUUCACGUGACUCUGAUUUUUCAUUUGAUCCAAGUGCAAUGGACUUUCGUAAAAAAUCCGAUGACAAUAAUUGUUAUUCGUUGGCAAUGUCGCAUAGCACAAUUAGCGCACGUUCCGAGGGUCAAAGCGUGCUAUUGAGAAGUGGAGGGGAAUCCACCACCUGCCCGGGACCAUCUGCUUCGAUGCUUGUGCAGCAGCAGCAACAGCAGCAGGGGUUGGGAAGUUCGUCAGUUGGAUCAUUGGCUUCUGUUUGUGGAAGUACAUCGACAAUGUAUCACGAUUUUGAGGAAGCAAUGGAAAUUGCAAAAAAUCAUACAAUGCAGUGCGAUGAAAUGACGGAGGAUUUAAGUUUGUGCAAUAAACUUAGUCCAAAAGUUUAUGCAGUUUCAAAAUCAUUUGUUCAUAGUAUGGAGGAUUUAAAACCUGGCGAUGAUUAUUCAACGACAUUUAUGCAUUCAUUCCCAAGUAAAAACGAUAAAACAAGACCGUGGUGUAGUCUUCAGGAAAUAAGAAAGGUCGAGGAUUGUACCAGUCGUAAUUGUAUGCAUGGAAGUACAGAAUCUUGUGACAAAACUGCCAAUUGUAAUGUACAUUCGUGGGCUUCCGGUUUCGAAAAACUAUUAGGAGAUCCGAAAGGAUUGCAAACUUUCGCUGAAUUUUUGAAGAAAGAAUUUAGUCAUGAAAAUAUUUACUUUUGGGCAGCAUGCGAAAGAUAUACGGAUACUGAAGACCUCGCGAGUCGACGAAGAUUAGCUCGGCAAAUAUAUCAGCGUCAUUUAUCAGCAACCGCUGCAGAACCUGUUAAUGUUGACAGUCAUGCAGCUGGACAAAUCACUCAAGAACUCCUUAAUUCAGCUCCUGCUGAUCUCUUCAUGCAGGCACAAAAGCAAGUAUUCAAUCUAAUGAAAUUCGACAGUUAUCCAAGAUUUUUGAGAUCGGAUUUAUAUCGUCGAUGUUUGGAAACGGGAAACAGUGUUAUUGGUACUGAAGAUCGGGAUUUAAGUUUAACGAGUUCUCCGAGUGUGAAACUAAAGAAAAGUCAUUCCGACGCUGAAGAUCGUUGUCGGAAAUCGAUUCUCCCUUGGCAUAGAAAAAAUAGAUCAAAGUCGAAGGACCGAGGAGAGUCAGAGUAUGUUCAGACCCCUAGUCGUAGUGAGACUAUAUACAAGAGUUUUACAACUAUUAAAAGGGAAGCGGAGGGUAAUAACAAUGAGGACAGUAUAUCUAUAUCCAGCAGUAGAUCGUCAUUAGCGUCAUGGGAUCUGGCAUUGAGGCAAUCGUUUAACAAGCAUUCUGUGUCGUCCUAUGAAGGGCAUUCGAACGAAACAAAAGAGAUACACACGAAAUGUACUGGUUUGUGCCGAGUAAUAUUACCCGAUGGUUCCACAACUGUUGUGCCUACUUGCCAAACGGAGACGAUUAAAGAAGUAGUUACUCGUUUACUCGAUAAGCGAGCACUACGAUUUUCUAACUAUGACGUACUUGUACUUGUCACAGAUGAGAUAAUUAAUCUGAAGUACCCGUCAACGGUAUUAUCGGGGCAAGAAGUUGAAGUGGUACCAUCGAAAGUAUUAAAAGUCGAUUUACCAUCACGAAGAAUAAUAACGGUUGUUGCUCAUAAAGGUCGAACAUUAAGAGAAGUAUUGAGACCUCUUCUUAAUAAAUAUGGUUUCAAAUUGGAAUUGAUAACAAUCUGGGGCGAGGGACAUCCACUUUCGGCAGACACACCUGCAAUAAAUGCACCUACAAGACUUGUUCUCACUUCCAAUAAUGAAGAUAUAUUCCGGGAUGUUCAGCCAAAAACAUCAGAAAAGGUUUCACAAGGUCAACCAACACUGGAUGAAAUCACAAACAAAGUCUUUGAGGAACUGCUAGUUGGAAAAAGUACAAAUAAAUAUCAAUAUAGUGAAGGCUCCUGUAAGUCGGAUGACCAACGAUCGGAUAGUUCAUCGAUUCUUUCAAACAAAUUUUUUAUGAGAGAUUCAUCGAGUCAUGGAAAGAAAAAAUCAAAAUCUAAAAGCGUCAGUUCCAGUGAUAAAGGAUCUUGGAACGAUUGUGGACACGAGGAAAAUACUCGUUCUUAUCCACCACUUAUCGCUAAAUGGAGAAAUGGAGUUAAACUUCAAUUGCCUAGCAAAUUUGAUGGCGAUGAUCUAUACGAAGGAUUGAAAAGAGCACAAAGAUCAAGACUUGAAGAUCAAAGAGGGACUGAAAUUAAUUACGAAUUGCCGGAUUUUUUAAAGAACAAGGAGAAUGGAAAAAUUCUGGACAGCAAAAAAAUGCGGAAAGUACGGGGUACAUCUGUCAAUUACGAUGGCCACACAAAGUUUUACGAUUCCUCUGAGGAAAAGCAGAACUUAACAUGUCAUCAGGACAAUAAUAAAAUGCUGACAAAUGGAAAUACAGAAUUAAGGGAAUGCGGCAGCAAUAGUUUCGAUAAUUCUGACAAUUUAGAUGGAACACUCGUCGAUAUUGACCAAACCGUAAUAGUUGAUAAUAAUAGUAGUAGCGGUAGCAAUAGUAAUUCACCGUCAAAAUUAAAUAAUAAUCAAAAUAAUAUAUUUGGCGCUACUUUCGCGUCUAUUUCACCGUCUAAAUUGUCGAAACCACCGCCACUUCCACCAAAACCAAAAAAUUUACAAACAACCAUUUUAAAAAGCAAUUAUAUAAUGUCUUCCAGGCCAUUUCAAAGAAUCGCUCAAAUCAAUCAUGUUAAUCCAAUAAUUGAUUCUGAACAAAAAAAUACAACUUAACAUAAUUUUUUUAGAGAUAAUUUGAUUAUUAGACUGAAAUUUUAUUACGUAAAUGAAAAAUAUUUUCUAAUUGCAUUUUUUUUUCUUUUUUAAUUAAGAAUCGAAUAUUAACGUAUGGAAAGUAUUAAUGACUUAAGAGUAUUAACAAAGUGAUAUUGUAUUUUUUAUACAGAUAUUUCGACUAUUUAAUAACUUAAAAAAAAAAAAUCAGUGCAACGUGAGAGAGAAAUAAUAUUGUGAUAGAAAAAACAAGAAAUUGGCAACUAUUAUCACAGAUUUAGAAUAUUUUUUUUAUCACAAAAAUUCGUAUUCAAGCUUCGAGUUAUGCCAAUAUAUUUUAAUUAACUGACGACUUGUGCCUUACAUUUAUUUUUUAUUGGGAUAAUAUAAAUAUCUAAGUUAGGGACCAACGAGAGUUAUUUAAUACUAACCGAAUGUUAUUAUUCCUGGUUGUACAGGAAAAAGAAAGUAAUAUGUUGUGAAUAAUAGUGAGGAAAAAUUUACUUAUAUAUAUAUAUUAUAUAUAUAUAUUUAUCAACAAUAAUAAAUUAUAUAAAUCGCGUUUUUCAAA